AUGGCGAGCUGCUCUCUACUGGUGACCGUCUUCUCAUGUGUGAUUCUACUACUCUUCCAUUCCUCUUUUCUGGUCCGUUCGGCAACUGCCAAGCCUGCUGGGCAGAAAGGGUUGCCAGUAUCUAUUGAAGACACUGCUGACCUUCUAGGAGACGAGCGACUCGACUGGUUGAUGAAAAACCUUCUGACCAACACUUUCUCGAGUCGAUCAGGCGAAAAUUAUCCAGAGGCCAAUCUUCACACAAUUUUACCUCGUAGCCAGGGUCGCUUAUUAGCAGACAGCAUCCUCGUGGACAGCACUGGCGGUCUGAUGGCAAGACGGGGCUGGAGGCCGAUGCGAUACGGUUAG